AUGGUAAGACUAAGUACUAGAGCUAGGACUAAAGCUAACACCAGAGCUGAGGCUAGAGCCAUUGCUAAGGCUAAAAAUAAGACUAAUCUAAGACCAGACCUAAGGCUAAGACCAAAACUGAGGCAACGACCAGGCCUCGAGCUAGGAGCAGAGCUAAGACUAGGAUCAGUGCUAAGACUAGGACCAAAGCUAAAGCUAGAACUAGGACUAAGACUAGUACCAGAGCUGAGGCUAAGACUAGAGCUAAGGCUAGUAUCAAAAUUGAGGUUCUCGGCUAGGGCUCUGGGCCAGGGCUCUGGGCUAGGGCUCUGGGCUAGGGCUCUGGGCUAG